AUGGUGGACGUUCGAAAUUUAAGUCAGAGUGACAAAGCUCAGCUUAUUAAUUCACUCCGGACCCAUCGUGUCAACACCCUGACAGAGUUACGCCGGAUCGAGAAGAUCUUCGCCGCCCUGAACCAGCACGAUGUCACGGAGCCGAUGACGUCGGCUUGGGCUCACUACGUCAAUUCAAACAAUUUCUUGAAUGAACUACGUGGUCUGACCAGGAACUAUCCGUUCAGCUCAGAGUGUCUAGACGAAGCAAAAUGGCUGGUCAUACAGGACCCGGCGAGUAAUAGGAGCUGGAAUUAUUGCUGGCUCGUCCUCGUGAAGAUACAAACAAACCAACUCAUAACCAAACAUGCCCACUCGCUCGCCUCUCGCCCGACCAUGUGGGGCAACACUACCCCGUCCCCGGCCAACGUGAGACAACUCGCGCGUGAAUUCAUCAAUGAAUGGACCUGGGCCAUCUCGCAGAUGCUCAGACAUUGGGAGACGCCACCCACUGUGACGGGGCAGUAAGGACUCGCUCGGGAUGUACGUUGUACAUUGUACAUUGUAUUCCUACAGCGUACUGGCUGAUCCUGGUUGGUUUCUUUCUUUUGUGAGACAUGUGACAUGUUCUGUUCGGACCAGGUUGCCGUCCAUGUUCCGAACGGAAGAGGGCGGGAAGUCUCAGUAGGAUCUUGCGAAGAGGUGAUGAGGGUCUGCAUUUACAAUCCAGUGAUUUGAAUCAUGUUAAUUACAGCGAUGGAGUACUUCAUUUGGUUUUGAAAUUCUGAAAGAGAUUUUGAGUGUUAUUGCUUAUGUGCAUACGCAAAGAGAAAAUAUUGCGUGCAUUAUGGUCAAUGCUUUCGCAGCCCUUAUGUGGUCUUUUUCGUUUUGUUUCCAUUGACAGCAUGGCGGGAUUAUAUCAAGCUACAACGGCGGUUUAGGAUGGAUUUAUCACGACUAAAAAGCCAUUCGAUUCUCGAAUAAAUUACAUGACAUGUUCAUUAUUUCUAAAUUCUACAAC